GCAGUUUUUCUACGAAUUCAUGUUGGCACGUCUUGUGACGUGUACAGAUUUAUUUUGGUUUAUUUUUCCUCUUAUUUAUAAAUGUUAAUUUUAAAAUGUUGGAUUUUGCGGUGAUCUUUACGAAAGGAGGUAUAGUUUUGUGGAGUUUUAACUCUACGGGCGAAAAUGUAAACUCAUGCAUAAAUAAUUUGAUACGCAGCGUAAUCUUAGAGGAACGUAAUACAGAAUCUAAAUAUUAUGAAGAGGAUAAUUUGGCGAUACAGUUCAAAUUGGACAAUGAAUUUGAAUUAAUUUACGCUGCAGUCUUUCGAAAGGUUAUACAACUGCCUUACCUAAAUAUAUUACUUAGUAAUUUGCAAGCGGCAUUUAAAGAGAAAUUCGGCCAUAUUUUAGCGUCGUCUGAACGUCUUAGUGCAAAUUACGAGUUUGAAAAGGAUUACUUGGAAACAUUAAAAGCUGUCGAGAACACCGCCAAAUUAAGUAGCAAAGCACCAAAACAAAUGCGUUCUUUUAAUGAGUCUCUUAAAUCGAAAAAGACGGUAGCUUCAAUGAUUGAAAAUCCUAAUGAAUCUAAGAAACCGGAAAAUACCAAAAAGGUGAACAUUGUAGAAUGCCCUAAAGUUUCAACAAUGGAAAAAGUACUUAGCAGUGCAGAAAUAAUUGAGGAAAAUCGUCGAAAAUUAAGAGAAAAGUUUUCAGGUAAAAAGAGUCCUCCAGCCGAACAUAAAAAUUCUAAAGGUGAAAAGACUGGUAAAAAGCCUCGUGUUUGGGAUUACGGUGGCAAUUCCAAGGACGCGGCGUUCUUAGAUCGUUCUAAAGAUAAUCCGCACGAUGUCACAUUCAAAAAUUUGGAAAAUAAUAUUGUUGGCACAAUGCAAGGCAGUAUAAGAGAUUUGGAAGUAGAUAGUGAUGAAGAGCAUGAUAAUGUUAAUGGGCUGCAUCAUGACAUCGUCGUUCAUAAACCCCAUGUUUCACAAAACAAAGAGAAGUCUGGUAUUUUAUCUUAUUUCAAGGGUAUAGUUGGAAGUAAAACUUUAACUCGUAUCGAUUUACAACCGGCUUUGGAUAAAAUGCGAGAUCAUCUUAUCUCCAAAAAUGUUGCCACUGAUAUAUCAGGUAAACUAUGUGAUUCAGUCGCUUCCAGCUUAGAGGGAAAAUCUGUUGGUACAUUUGACUCAGUUGCUUCUUUGGUUAAAGAAGCGUUAACAAUGUCAUUGGUACGCAUUUUAUCACCAAAACGUCGCCUGGAUAUAAUACGUGACGCCAUGGAAGCUAAAUCUAAUAAUACGCCAUAUACCAUUAUAUUUUGCGGAGUUAACGGCGUAGGAAAAUCUACAAAUUUGGCGAAAAUAUGCUUUUGGUUGAUAGAAAACGAUUUUAGUGUCCUGAUAGCGGCCUGUGAUACAUUUCGUGCUGGUGCGGUUGAGCAACUGCGCACUCAUACUCGCCAUUUAAAUGCUCUGCAUCCUGCAGACCGGCACGACGGUCGCUCCAUGGUGCAAUUAUAUGAGAAGGGCUAUGGAAAAGAUGCGGCUGGCAUUGCGAUGGAAGCUAUCAAAUUUGCUCGCGACACACGAAUCGACGUAGUUCUCGUUGAUACAGCUGGUCGAAUGCAGGAUAACGAGCCUUUAAUGCGCUCUUUAGCUAAACUUAUUAAAGUAAACGAUCCUGAUUUGGUAUUAUUUGUAGGCGAGGCUCUAGUGGGUAAUGAAGCUGUAGAUCAAUUAGUAAAAUUCAAUCAAUCUUUAGCCGAUUAUUCAUCGGAUGGCAAUCCUCACAUUAUUGAUGGCAUAGUGCUGACAAAAUUCGAUACUAUCGAUGAUAAAGUGGGUGCUGCAAUAUCAAUGACUUACAUAACGGGGCAACCGAUCGUAUUUGUGGGUACUGGCCAAACGUACGCAGAUUUAAAGGCGAUUAAUGUGAAUGCUGUUGUGAAUUCACUUAUGAAAUGAAGUGAUUGAUUUAUUUUUGGUUUUUUGUUGUUGCUUUUCUUUCUUUUUUUUCCACUCCCAUAAAUCUCAGUGAAAGAUUUGUUUUGCAUAAAUUUUGUUUUUGUACAUUUAUUAUAUGUUUAAAAAAAUUUAGAACCUUCUAAAUAUAUGUUUUUGUAGAGAAAAUCAGAUUCGUUGCUUUUAAUUACAAUUAGAUAGAGAGAGGAAGAGAGAAAACAUCGUUUCUUCAAGUGACUGAGCAUGGAUAUAAAAAAAAAGAUAACAUGCGACACAUAAUUACAAUUUAAACUUUUUUACUAUUCAUUACCUAGAAGAUUAUUAAGACUUAAUUCUAAAUCUAUAUCAGUGACUGAAAUUUAUCAUUUUUUUUUUGUUUUUUUUUUUUUUUGUUUUUUAACUAUCAUAUCAUCCGGUACAUGAUUGGAAAACAUAAAUUUGAAAUGUAUUUAGGGGUACAAGUUUCGGUAAAUAGCGUACAAAUAGGGAUUUUGAAUCAUUUGCUAUUUUGUAAGCAAUGCGGCCUUUUUUCGAUGAAAUCAAAAAUCGAAAUUGCGGGUUGCGCCUUCAAAUUAUUUGAAGCAAUUAUGAUAUACUUCAGUUAAUUGCGAAUUCUGUGUUUUCAACACCAAUUCAUACCACAAGUAAAAAAUGUCAUUUAUUGUCUUUAGAUUGUCUUUAAAGGACUCACAGAUCGUAUACAGGAACAUUAAAAUCGAAAUCUGAUAAAUGCAGAAUUAUAGAUAGAUAUAUUGACUUUUUCUAUCUUUCGAAGUAAGUCAAUUAAAGGCAACCGCAAGAAUUUUGUUGUAAUUGCGUUAAACGUGACGGCAUAUACUUUAAUAACAUGACGUAAUCUAAUUCUAGAUUCAUUUUUAAGGUCUUCAGUUCAAUUGACUCGAGAAGAUAAAUAAUUCGAUAUGGCAGAAGUAAUUUAUCAAAGAUUUCAAACCGAUUUUCAAUUCGAUGCCUAUUAAAUAUUCACGAUUUUAAUUUUGAAUUCUGGUCUACAUUCGUUAUUUAAAUUUCAGUAACUCAAUUAUAUUAAAAAUUACUACAAAUAGAAGAAACGCUAUUUAAUUAUAUUCUAAGAGAAAUUUUUCUAUCUGUGAGAAAAUGAUGACAGGCAACGGAUGUAGUCAAUUUUUCGGAAAAAGUGAAGACAAUAAUAGAGCAGAGACCGGAAAUUGCAGUAAGCAAUUCUUUUUAUAUAUCAGCCGUUACCAGAAUGUUGGUAGAUUAUUGCAGUUUGCUGUGUUUUUAAUUCAAAGUUAUUUAAAUUAUUUAGCGAUUAAGGCUUGAUUUAUGGAAAUGUUCUAUUGUACAAGAUAAAUGUGUUUUUUUUUUAUUUAUUUUAAACUUUAUGAUUUUGAAAAUUCUGACAAAAAACAGAUGGACAUAAUCAAAUUAAGGCAAUAUUUAAUGCUAAUCAAGGGGGACGUUGAUAUCUAUGUCCAGAUUUUGAAAAGGGAACGAUAAGUUAGGAUACUUUCAUUCACUAACACUGAUUGCGUCUGCUUAAUACUAUCAGUCAUUUAUUAUUAUCAAAAGUUAUAGAUCUGAUAUUAUAACAAUAAGUGUUUGCAAUUAAAUUCGUACGCUUGCGUAACCCUAG